AUGCCAACUUCGACAACCUUGUCUCCCAAUACCGCAAACUAUUCUCUCCCAGAGAAUAAUGCUUUGGAAGUGAGCACAACUAUCCCGCCAACACCAAACACGGAUGCCUGCACCUGUCUUCAUAACAAGCUUCCGUGCUUAUUCAAGCCGGCGACCAGCAACAUGGGCACGUUGACGGGGGUUCUCUGCAGCCUGCUUGGUCAAGUUGGAGGCAGUUGUGUGGAUAUUGGAACGAACAAGACCACUGGUGUGUAUGGGACAGUUGCUAGCUGUGACCCUGCCACUCGUCUCUCUUACGCCUUCUCCCAAUACUACGAACUAACCGCUCGUGUGGCCACUUCUUGCGACUUCGCGGGCAAUGCCACGCUAUCCGACUCGGUCAAGUUGUCGCCCCCCAACGUCGUUGCGCGAAGCUCAGCUGUAACCCAAUGCCUCACCAGCCCGAGCGCAGUUUUCACCCCCAAAGCAAGCUCUGGUGCCCCCGGUCCCUCGGGCAGUGCUGGCGGUGGAGGUGGAGGUAAUGGUUCGGGUGGUAAUAGAGGCAGUAGUGGUGGAAUGGCGGAAGCCACAACACAAAUGGCGCGAGUGUCCCUAUGCGGGUCGGGGUUGGUGGUCUCACCUUGA